UUAUCGCGCCCCCUAACGAUCGGCGAUUUACAAUAGUACCGCCUGUGCCUCUGGAGGAGAAGGGGGUGUGGCCCAGACAUAUGUAAUGCAUGUCGUUUACAAGUUACAUCGGUUUUAAAAAACAAAAACCUACCGGAAGCUGUUUACACGUUUAAAUAGUUGCAAUCGCUAGCGUUUAGUCGUGUUGUGUAGUUAAUGCUCACGUUAUAACGUAACAAGUUAUUAGCUGUAACUAAGACGAUCAAGUUCAGUUCCGAUACUCGAACACGCGAGUACCAGGGUCGCGUGAACUUAACCGGAUGUGUGCUCGAUGUCGAGGAUUUUUUACCAACAGUGAUCUAAAUGUGCAUCUAAAAACAACGGUUUUAAUAUGGUUUAUUAUAUAUAAAAAUAUAUAAUAGUCGGCUUUAUCCCUCAGAAGUGUCUCAAUCCUCACAAAGAUUCGUCCUGUGUCCUCCUGUCCUUUCGAGUUCGCUCGUCCAAGGUAGCGUCUUUUACCUGAAUAACGUCCGCUGAACUGAAUACAUGUCUGUCAUAUCGGACUGUUUCAGUAAGGUACUGCGAGUCAUUCGUUUUCGCCCUGCCUGGUCUUAAAAUAUUUCUCACGACUCAUGAAUUAAGUGUUUGAUGGAUCUGCAGUGUAACUUACUAAGCAUUCGUUCUAACUUGUUCUAGUCAAGAUGACCGUAACAGUUGUGUUUAGUAGCUAGCUAACACUCUGCAAGGGCGCACGGUGGCUUAGUGUUUAGCACGUUCGCCUCACACCUCCAGGGUCGAGGGUUCGAUUCCCACCGUGGCCCUGUGUGUGCGGAGUUUGCAUGUUCUCCCCGUGCUGUGGGGGUUUCCUCCGGGUACUCCGGUUUCCUCCCCCAGUCCAAAGACAUGCAUGGUAGGCUGACUGACGUUUCCGUAGUGUAUGAAUGGGUGUGUGAACCCUGUCCAGGGUGUACCCCGCCUUGUGCCCCAUGCUUCCUGGGAUAGGCUCCAGGUUCCCCGUGACCCUGAAGGAAGGAUAAGCGGUAUAGAAGAUGGUUUGCAGAGCAGGAGAACUUUGCCUUACGAAAGUGUUCUAACCCUUUUUUUUUUUUUAAUGCUGACCAAUCAGAAGUGAGGAUACGCUCAACAUUCGAUUUGCGUACUUGCGGUAUGCAUCAGAAUAACAGGCUUGCUCUCGGCGUGGCGUUCUCUACCCGCGCCGUGAGCUGAUUGUAAAUGAACUGAGAACAGAGGCGAAGCUUCACGGCCCUCUUUAGAAUCCCACGGCUAAGGCGGCAGGAGAGUGUUUAGGAAGCGUUUUCCCGCACCCGACUCCUCAGUGCUCCCUCGGCAGGGAAUGAAGAGCUGCUUAGGGAUGUGUGUUGGUUACGCUGCCGACUCUGGACGAUGGUCGUCGUGAUGGUUCGGACAGGUUGGAGAUCUUUCCGAGAGCUCGGCAAACGUUAGAAAAGAGGAAGAAGUGGACCUGGAGUUGAAGCUCCGGUUACUGACGUGGAUUUGAAAUCACGCCACUGUUUCUGCUUGGUCUGCAGAAUGAUGUGUCAGUCGCUGUACUCUCGGAGGUUUCGGGGUCCGUGAGCAAUGGAUCAGCUCACAAAGGACUAAAUGGAGGUAGACUAUGAAUUUGAGGUGAUCUGUAAAUAAAAUGACAUUACUUUAUAUACUUUAUCCGUAAAAGGGAAAACGAUGUGAAUUAUUAUGGAUGAUUUGCAAAGAGGAUUUCUCCUGACUGUUCAGGUUACACAGUAAGCUUGUAGUCCAAAAGUCCAGAAAGGCCAUGAGCGAGUUAGUUAUUUAUUUUUGGGUCUUAUCGAAGCACGAGGAGAACAUGCAAACUCCACACACACCGGGCAGGAUUUGAACCCCCGACCCCAGAGCUGCGAGGUAAACAUCCUAACCCGUCACUAUCAGUCGUAGGCUGAUUGGCAUUUCCAGAUUGUCCGAAGUGUGUGAAUGUAUGUGCGAUUGUGCUCUGCGAUGAGUUGGCACCCCAUCCAGGGUGUCCCCUACCUUGUGCCCAGAGUCCCCUGGGACAGGCUCCAGACUCCCUGCAACCCCGUGUUGGAGAAGAGUUGCUGACUCCCUUCUGCGAAGUCCAAAAUGAAUGGCUACGCUGCCCCUACGUACCCCUCGGGAAGCUUCAGUAACUCCCAGCUGAAUGGCCACCAAUCUCCAGAGCUGCCAGCACUCGAGGCCAACAAAUCCAGCGCAAAGGCUAUCUAUGAGCAAAGAAAGAGCUACAGUAAAAACAGCAUGAACAACAGCAUGAGCGACACAUCGCAGUACCUCGUCGAGCACCUGACCACGUUCGUCAUGGACCGUAAGGAUGCCAUGCUCACCAUCGACGACGGCAUCCGUAAGCUGCGCCUGCUGGACGCUAAAGGGAAGGUGUGGACGCAGGAGAUGCUGCUGCAGACGGAUGACAAGGCAGUGCGCCUCAUCGACGCCGACACCAAGAACGAUCUGGAGCACUUCCCUCUGGGCACGGUGCAGCACUGCCAGGCCAUCAUGAACUCCUGCAACUACGACUCCAUCCUGGCGCUGGUGUGUAAGGAGUCUGGACAGGGCAAACCAGACCUGCACCUCUUCCAGUGUGAUGACAUCAAGGCAAAUCUGAUCCAAGCGGAUAUCGAGAGUGCCAUCAACGAUCACAAGGGCGGGAAGGCCAAAAAGCGUCCAGAGGUUCUCAAAAUGAUCCGGAAGAGCGACGGCGCUAUCCCACCUCCUCCCGGCGGCCCCGCCCCGGUUCCUCCAGCAACCGCCAAUCAAGUGGCUAUGAACAGCAGAGUUGCCGCUUGGUCAAACGUGGCCAGUGAUCAUCAAGACUAUGAUGCCCAAAGGCCAUACGGGGAACAGGAUGACUCUCCGGAGAUGACCGCGAUGCAGAUCGACAGAGACGUGCAAAUCCUGAACCACAUUCUGGAUGACAUCGAGCACUUUGUCACCAAACUUCAGAAAGCUGCAGAGGCUUUUAACGAACUUUCCAAGAGGAAGAAAUCAAAAAAGAGUAAAAAGAAAGGACCAGGAGAGGGAGUGCUGACACUCCGAGCGAGGCCGCCGGGACAGGACGAGUAUGUCGACUGCUUUCAGAAAUUUAAACACGCCUUCAACUUGCUGGCAAAGUUGAAAACCCACAUCCAGAACCCGAGCGCGGUGGAUCUGGUUCAUUUCCUGUUUAAUCCACUCAAAAUGGUGGUUCACACAUCAGGAGGAGUCGACCUGGCUAAGAGCGUAGUGGUUCCCCUCCUCACCAGAGACGCCAUAGAGUUCCUGCACUCUGCAGGCACUGCUGAAGAGCGCCACCUGUGGGUCAUGCUGGGUGAUGGCUGGACUAAAUGCAGGCUGGAGUGGCCGAAGGAUCAUUACUUCCCUCCUCACACCCUGCGAUUCCGGGACGGCUGGGAGCCUCCGCUGCUAGUGAGCCGAGAGCAAGGCCUGACUCAGCUGGCUGAGAGCCUGGCUCAUGCUGACCUCCACAGACCGCAGCAGCAGGCUAACGUGCAGGAGUUCCCCUCAGCAGACGGGUACGGCUUUACCUCCGCCGCCUACGAUCACAUGCACCUCCUGGAUUCACACACGGCAGUGGCUGCUUUAAAGCAGGCAUUCAGCCACCACGUAGAUAGAAACGCCGAAGCCCAAGGUAGAGGCCAGCCAAGAAGUUUUGCCAAAUCAAAAUAUGACUUUGUGGCCAGAAACGGCACGGAGCUGUCUGUGGUGAAGGACGAGGUGGUCGAGGUUCUGGAUGACAGGAAACAGUGGUGGAAGGUUCGAAACGGAACUGGACUUACAGGAUACGUGCCAAACAACAUCCUCGAGAUCACCAAGGCUGUGGAUGUGAAUGGACGCGGCGAGCCAAUUUACAGCCAUACCAUUCAGAAGCAGAGAACGGACGACGGGCCCAAACCUGGAAUCGCAUCCAUCCCUCCAGCUCCGACUCCCCCUCCUCCUCCUAUGUACUCGCUGCCCUACAGCGCACCUGCUCCUCUAGAGCAUCAUGGGAACUCGCCGUCCAACGUCAGCCGCCAGAGCAGCAGCAACUCCAGUGACAACGGCAGCAUCACUAUGAGAGAGCCGAAAGAGCACGGCGUGACGCCCGCUAAUCGCCGCAAGUCCAACAUGGAGGAGGUUCAGGACGAGCUGGUGCACAGACUCACUCUCGGCCGCAGCGCUCAGAAGAAGUUCCAGGCUCCACCGCGCAGCGGCAGUCUGCCCGCUGCCAACAUCAGCUACGACUCCACGCCCGAGGAGGUGAAAACCUGGCUCGAGGUUAAAGGCUUCAGCGCUGUGACUGUAAACAGUCUGGGAGUGCUGACUGGAGCUCAGCUCUUCUCCCUCAACAAAGACGAGCUGAAGACCGUGUGUCCUGACGACGGCGCUCGAGUCUACAGCCAGGUCACCGUACAGAAGGCGGCUCUCGAGAGGAGCUCGGGCUCUGAGCUUCAGGAGAUCAUGAGGAGGCGACAGGAGAAACUAGCAGCGACAACAGCCAGCGAUUCAGGAGUCGAGUCCUUUGAUGAGGGGAGCAGCCACUGACCCCCUCGUCCUCUCCUCCUCUCUCCUCCUCUCUCCUCCUCUCCGGCACUUUUUUUCAUCCUUUUCACGUUGUCGUUUUUCAGGACGCGGUCGAGUUUGCAGCCAUCAUGCGCCGUCGUCAGGAGCUCCUGGACCCGCCCGACCACGGAAGCAGCUCGGAUGUAGAUUAAUCAGCAGCACGGACACAAAAAAAACAAAACAAAAACAAAAAAAAAAAACCACGCCGUGUUUUGACAGAAGAAGGAUGUAGGAUUUGUUAUACACUUGCUGCGUAGACCAAAAUAAAGUAACGCAAUGAAGACGAUUGUAGAUUUCUAAUAUACAUAAUGAAAUAAGGCUGAGGGGCACGUAGUUGUUUGUUGAGUUAAGCAUUAGAUCAACGUCUUGGAUCCUUGACGUUUACGAAUAUUUAAAAAUACGAGAGUUUAAAAACAAAUCAUUGUAUAGUACUGCUGUAAUUAGUUUGAAUGAAAGAAGACACAGGAAGUGAUGUAAUGUGCGAGGUUGAGGACUCUAAGUGAUGGAAGGACAUGCUGAGGACGGCGAGGAGUGGGGUUUUUGCCACGGACGUGGACCAAUUUUUUUUUUUUUUUUUUUUUUUUUUUUUAAUGAAACGUUCGGAUUUGGCCUUCCAUUGAACGCGUGUACUUCACACGUUUGUAUAGUGGGCUGACGGCGUGGAAAGUAAAGCGUCUGGAACUUUCCUCUACUAACCCCACACACACACACACACACACGGUGGAAUCGAUACAGAAGAAUGAUGUACAUUAUUGUUUGCUGGAAAAAGAGGAUAUUUAUGUGUUUGAUAAUUUUCUAUUUAAGCCUAAUGCCAAAUGAGUAACUUUCUAUACGACUCGCCGUGGCCACGUUUAUUAUCCCCCCCCACGAACAUGCGUUUCUGUCCGUCCGCCCCGUCUAACACCGUAGAUACGUUUUCAGGGAUUUCUUUUUUUUUUCUUUUUUUUUUUUUGAAACAGCUGCAUGUAUAAUCAUCUGGACAGAAUGGUUUAGUACUCUGCUUCAUAUCGUUUCUUUUGGCAUACGAUCGUCACUGGUUUGAUUUGAAACGUUUACGACGGCAUUCAGAAAGUGUGUGUUCCGUAUCCGUUACCGAUUCGACUCAACCUGAAUAUCUCUCCGAACACCGACCGACCGACGUGACGGCCAGAAGGACUCUAGAGUAAGAUUCAGUUUUACGGUACAACGUUUCUCAACACUUUUUAUUUUUUGCCGGAUUCUUAGUGACUCAAGUGCCAUGUUCAUACCGUACAGGAUCUUAAACAGCACUAAACGAAUAGCUCAUUUCACUUCCUCAUCUCCCGCUGGACGCUUCCUAGGAUUAUAAACUAGCGCUUAAACGGAAGGAGCUUCGAUGAGAAGAAUCGAACUGGUAAAGAUCUACAGAAUGAAUAAAGAAAUCUAUAUGAGA